UAAACGUGUACCUAUCUAUACCUAGGUAUCUUGUUUGAAAACUUUAAAUUACUAGUGUAGUGUAAUUAACUUUUAUUCACGCAAAUUUUGUUCAGUGACUAUGUAAAAAAGUGGUAAGGCGUAAAUAAUUAAUUAAUGACUAUAUUAUACACUUUCUGACUUUAUUAUACACUUCUGAGCUGCUCUCUCACUUUGUUAAAGUAGGUAAUCAUGUCGCGCCAAGUAGACGUGAAUCUAGUUCAUUUAUUGGAUGGUUUGGGCCUUGAAGGAGAAGAAAAUGACUUUUGUGAUUUUACAAUAGCUGAUCAGAAUUCCGUAGCUGAAUCACAAGGUAUUACCCCUACCACGCCUUCAAAUUUCAAACCGGUACUUGGCAGUAAUGUCACCUACGUAGUGGCCUGUGUUAUUAUCAAUGAACGGAAUGAAGUUCUAAUGAUGCAAGAAGCGAAAGAAAGUUGUGCUGGUAAAUGGUACUUGCCUGCAGGUCGCAUGGAGAAAAACGAGACCAUAGUUCAAGCUGUCAUUAGGGAAGUUUUGGAAGAAACAGGUCUUCAAUGUGAGCCCAAAACAUUAUUAGUGGUAGAGACUGCAGGGGGCAUGUGGUAUAGGUUUGUUUUGACAGGAGAAAUAAUUGGUGGAGAAUUGAAAACACCAGCAAAAGCAGACAAAGAAUCCUUACAGGCAAAGUGGAUAUCAAACCUCCAAGAAAUUUCAUUAAGAGCAAAUGAUAUUGUACACUUGAUAGAAAAAGCCCAAUUGUAUAAAGAGAAAAAUUCAACUGGAUUAUGGCAUCAAGAAAUACUGCCUGCUUCAAUCCCUCAUGUAAAAGAUAUGUUGAGGUUGAUAAUUGUGAUUAAAAAGAGAAGUACAAACAGGUUGCAUGUCCUAUUAAGUGAAAAAACAUCAAUACAUUUCCCUAUGUGUGAAAUGAAUCCAGCCAAAAGUGUCCAUUCAACUCUGAGAAGGUUCAUGGUUGAAAUGUUUGGAGCAGAUGUAGGACAACAUCGCCCACUGGGACUUCUCAACGUGGAAGCAGAUCCAGUUUGUGAUGGCGUCUGUCUCACCUUACUUGUGGCUUUCCGUUCACCAAUGGAAGAAGUACCUUUAAUUGGCAAAUGUGCUUGGCAUGAAGUAUCACGAGAUAUUGAAAACAAAUUACUUUCUGUGAUUUCUAAAAAAAAUUCCACAAUUGAACUAAAUGUAAUACGUUAAUUUUUUAUUCAUUACUAUUUUAAAACUCAUCCAGAAUGCUCAUUUGUUAUAUAUUUGUAAAUAUUAUAUGGAUAUUAUACACUUUAUUUGAAUCUCAUACUCAUACAUGAGAAUGUAACAUUUUGUUCCCAUAAGUACAAACAGUUUUUAAGAUUAUGUAUAUGAUGAUUUUGUCCAUGGGCUAAUUUGUUGACCAAUCACAGUUAAUAUAAUUUGUCAUUGUAGAGAAAUGACUGAUAUAUUUUAUUUACUGCUCUGAUGAAUUAUUUAUUCUAUAAUGAUGCUAUGGACAUAUCUAUCUAAAAAUUAUACUGUAUUAGGAAAAAUAUAAUGUGAAGAAUGUGAAAAAAAAAUUAUACAUGCAAAUAUAUUUUUCAAUACAAGAAGACUUACAUCACAUGACAGUUAGUGUACAAGUGAAAAUAAUUGAAAUUAAGUUUUAAGCGGGAAGGGAUCUUUUGUUUCUCUACUAAUCCUUUACUAACAUAAGAUUUAAAUUUAUAAUGUUGUGUCACCUGUUCUGACUUGACCACCUUUGAUUUAAAUUCUCAUUACACCAAUUAUUAUUCUAUAUGUAUUACUCCUGAUUAGACACCACAUAUAACAUUCUAUCCAUAAUUUAAAAAAAGCUACACCAUAUCUUGGAAACUAUAACAAUUUUUUUUAUCCACGGAGUAUGGAUUUUCUCCAAGUAUUAGGUCGCCAAUAUCGAGACAUAUUUAGUUCUUGGUUUAUAUGUGGGCGUAUUAGCAUGAGAGCUUGUACGCGCUCAAGAUGUAACACAUUCUUGAACACAAUAUCGAUUGUUCAAGAAUGUGUUAUAUUGUGCUUUAUAGCUUUUUGACUAGAUAGUCAAAGAGCAUGUUUGUCCAAAGUUAUGAGUAAAGUCAAUUUCAUUAUCAAUACAUAAGUAUAAUAAAAACUGAAAAAUUAGAUACUUAUUUAUUUUAUGGAAAUUCUUAUUGGAAUGGGCUUAAAAGGGUCCCAUACGUGGUGUUGAAUGGCGCCGAAGCGACGUAUGUUGGGCGAAAAAAAUUGCAAUGACAUAUUAUCGCGUUUGUGUACCUGUCCAUUCGCGCAAAUGUCUUUCCACUCAUGUGUUACCUACUAAACUUCAAAAUGUAAAUUAAAAUGCAUGUGGCGCAUGUGACUACCAUAAAUAAAGAUAUUUUAUUUUCAAAUCAGACCAGUAGAUACUUUCUGUCUUCUAAAGAUAAUUUAAAAAAAGUUUUUAGGGAUUUUAUGCAAAACUUUACUUUGAACUGCACGCAAACCUAGUUGCGGGCAUAGCUAGCUGCAAAAUACCGCAAAUGAGUGAUUAAAAUAUACUGUCCUGUUAAAUAAGUGUUCUAGAAUAGGUAGGACAUGACAUUUAUUUUUUCUUUACUUAUUAAUGAGGGCUUUAAUAUCUGUAACCAAUGUUAUGUACACUUAUGUAAUGAACUAGAAGAUAACUAUUGUUACGGGGAUGGUUGUUUUUUAUUUAACUUAAAUUAUGUUAUAAUGAAACUUUUAAAUAAAUUUUUAUACAGAC